GAUUCAUUCGAAACAAACAUCAAUUCAAAUUACACACAAACAAUAAAAUAUGUAGGCAAGACGAGAGAAGUCUAAACAUGUCUAUGAUACAACUGUUCAUUUCGUUCUGCGUAUUCGUGCUCUCGGCAGGUGAAAUCCAAGAAAUUACAGUCCCAAACGAUGCUUGGGAUGGCACGCAUUCUGUCCUCUGUGCUACCAUUAAAGUUGCUCCAGAUUCCUAUGUCUACUCUUUUGAACCAAUUCGUAGACCAAAGACUGUUCGUCAUAUAAGUGUGGCUGUAUGUGAUGCUGAACUUGAUACAACGAAAAUCUGGGAUUGUAAAACACCGAAAGAAGUUUGCCCUAACGGGAUCAGUGAUGCAUUGUGGGCUGCAGCGAAAGAUGCCCCAGGAUGGAACUUACCAAAAGACUAUGCCUUUCGUAUUAGAAAAAAUUACAACUACGUCGUAGUUCAAAUACACGCUCCCAUGAAUAUGACACUGAACAGCACGAAAUCUUUCAGUCGUAUGGGAGUCAAACUAGGCAUCACUACUCAGAGACCGAAAUAUGUAGCAGCCCUCGCACUGUUUGGAAAUGUAGGGUUCAUUCCUGCCCACGCAACAGACUUCACCGCAGACACUGCUUGUAAUUGGCAAUACAAAGAUACGCCUCUCUUUGCAUUUGGAAUCCACUCUCAUACCAUGGCAACAGCGAUAACGGGCUACAUAUAUUCUAAUUACUCCUACACUGAGAUUGUACGAGCUGACCCAAGAUAUCCAGAGCCAAUAGUCAACAUCGAAGGCCGUAAUAUCGUCUUGAAAAAUAAAGAUCUCCUCAUGAUGCGCUGCACACUCACCAACCCAACUGAUCAAAAAGCCAAUUUCGGAUACGAGCACACAGAUCAAAUGUGUAACUUAAACUUGUGGUUUGGAAUACCAAAAGAAUAUGAAAAUAUAUAUAAACCGAUUGUGUGUGGCAGAAAUGCACAAAAGUUUAGUUUGGACGACUACGGCUACAUCUUACCCAAAAAUUCUAACAAGCCAGACAUAGAAGGUUACAAGAAACUGAUGUCGCAAUUCAAUUUGACAAUGACGUCAUAUUAACAAGAUUGAACAAAGUGACUUUGAAUCUCAAGAAAGGUUCCCUUACGACAAUGGAUCAACUUAAAUGAUGCUAUCCCGUUUCUAUUUUGUCUCACUCAUUUUUUUUUUCUUUGCUCCUCUCAGAUUUUUCUCUCAUCUUUUUUCUUCACUCUAUCACUCUCUCAAUCGAUCUUUCUAUAUUUCUAUUUCUCUCUGCUUUUCUUUAUCUCACAUUCCUACAUUUACUGCAGUUAAGCUACCUCUCACGUGGACAAUCGCUCUUCGGGCAGGCCUACAAUCACAGAUGUACCAGUCUUGACCAUGUUGUUUUUGUGUAUAUCUAAGACUAUUUCAUCCUAUAUGGUUUCCAUUGUGUUUAAGACGGUAAGGCGUGAUUCGAGAGAACUUGGCUGCUAUAUGUGGCAAGUCAAGCGAACGCCUACAGGAUCCUUGACCAUUGGUAAUCAUAUAACCGAGCAAUAAGCUCAAACGAAAUCACCAUAAUUUACAUUAGACUACUGAAAAUUAAACAGAAAGGGAGCAAUACAAAAUUAGGAGGAUGAAUGGAGUUUUUUUACGUUGGAACCUAGAUGAAUUCCUCUUAACAUUGAUACGAACUAACAUGUUUAUAUAUGUAUCGCUCAAAGAAGUGAUAUGCACACGAUCUCUAGAUUUUCUAGAAGAGGCAGCGAAAUCUCUUUCGAAUAAACGACCCUAGUGCCUUUGAAUAUACAUAUACACACCUCAAGGGGAUCAACGGUCCUUCACGAACCAUAAGCUCAUAAGGCCGGUUUCUUGGAUUCUAUGGUGUAUAUAUUUCAUCCCUUCAACUGGACACGGUCCACCGCAGAAUUUCUCAUCUUUGCCAGCUGAGUGGACUGGGGCAACGUGAAACGAAGUGUUUCGCUCAAGAACACAACACAUCGCCUGGUCCAGGAAUAUAUUAUUAGAGGAAACAUUGGAUAAUGCGAAAAUGAGUUGGUCAUAGCUUGAGAGUCUUUAAUCAUAGAUCUCAAUCAGAACCACAUUGGAGCUAAGCUACAAUAGCAAUCUGUUUAUGUUCCGACAUAAAUUUAUACCUCUACAUAUCUACAUAAAUAAUUAUCUUCCUACCUAUAAUUUUCUCUCCCCCUCAAUUUAACUCCAUUUCUACCGUUCCUAAAUUUUAUAACAUGCCCACGCAUACAUGUUUGAGUGAUUCUGUAGCCAAGGUUUUUCAAGUAUUGUAAAAUGUUUAAAAGUGUGUUAUUCUUUUAACAUUUUAAAAUUCUAUAGUUUAAUUGUAGAAACUAAAAUUGUAAUAAAGUUAUAUUUUUCUUUAA